UUAGAAAUAUCAUACAUAAUUUCUCUGGUAUGUUUUUCGCAUAAACCAUUAAGAGUUGCGACCUUUCCGGAAAUCGAUAAUUUAUUAUUUUAUACAUAAUAUAUUAAUUUUAUUAGAAGCUGUACUUACUGUAGCAAUUACAAGUACAUAUGUCAGUUUAAUCGACAAAGUGAAUCUGUCAAUGACAGACGAGCGAAGGUUAUAACUUUUUAAUAUUUUUGAUCGCGGGUCUAAAUUAGUUGUGCAAAAUGAUUGUUCUUGGGUGUAGGCCGCACUCUCUAAGGAGACCUAUAUCGUAUAUUCUCAAAACAAACAAGUAUUUUUACAACUUCGUAAAUCAUGGUGUUCGGUUAGAAUCCAGGUACGUAAGAGACCAAAUUCCUAUUUUCAGGUCUUCCAAGAUUUGGGAUUUACCAGCUAAUCCAACAGAACUUAAACAUUCGUACUAUUGGUGUAGAAGCAGUUCCUCAAUACACAAUUAUAAAACCACCAAUAUAAUACAAACUGAACCCUCAGAGUCUAAAGACACAAAAACUAUGUUACGAAGGUACGAAACUUGUAUUGGACUAAACCAAUCUCCAAUAGCUUUACCAUUACCAUGCAACGCCCCGUUAAGGGCAAAUCUUCCACAAUUUAGUCUUAGCGAAUCAUUUUAUGAAAUACCUCAAAACAUAACAAUAACAAGACAAAGUUAUACAGUCAAACUUGAAUUUGCAAAUGCAUGUAACAUUAAAGUCACCGGUAUACAAAAAGGUACUUGUUACGUCUUAGAUCAAGCACAUUUCCAUUGGGGCGAUAACAAUGCAAUCGGAAGUGAACACUCAAUGAAUGGUACGUUUUACCCGAUGGAAAUCCACUCCGAAUUUUAUAACACUAAAUACAAAUCUUUUGCUGAUGCUCAAACGAAAUCAGAUGGUUUAGCAGUUUUUACUUAUUUCGUAAAGGUUGUUCAAGAAACGACAAGUUCUCAAUCAAGUACAUUGGAUUCUAUUGCAGCUGCAAUUAAAAUUCUUACACAGAAAAAUUUUGCGAAGGUGAACGUUAAAAAAUCGUUUUCUUUUGCGGAGUUUUUCCCAAUUCUUCAAGACAAUUACGUUAGUUACCAUGGAUCUAUAACAACUCCGCCUUACUACGAAAGCGCCACUUUUAUUGUUUUUGAAAAACCUCUGGAAAUCUCCGCCGAAACUAUGGCAGUGUUUCGAAGUUUGUAUAAGGUUGAACCUGGUACACGUAAUAAUUUUAGGCCUUUACAACAACUUAACGGUAGAAAGGUUUUUGGGAAAUGUAGAUGUUUCUGAAUAUCAAAGGAAGAUUAAGAACAUUCGUUGUUUAAAAAAUCGCAAGUUUUGUUGUAUUUCAAAUAAGACUAAAUAAAACUGGCCAUAAAUAUUUUAAAAAUCA